ACAGGAAGUAAACCCCGCUGCCCAGGCUGGGUUCUUUUUGGUGAAGUUGAUCAGGGUCUUUCGAUUCCUGGAUUUUGAAAAUGGACAGCCAAGGAAGGAAAGUGGUGGUUUGUGAUAACGGGACUGGGUUUGUAAAGUGUGGCUAUGCAGGUUCCAACUUUCCGGAGCAUAUCUUUCCUGCACUGGUGGGCAGGCCCAUCAUUCGCUCCACUGCUAAAGUUGGCAACAUCGAGAUUAAGAAUAACAAAAAGAUGGACCUGAUGGUGGGCGACGAGGCGAGUGAGCUCCGCUCCAUGCUGGAGGUGAACUACCCCAUGGAGAACGGCAUCGUGCGCAACUGGGAUGACAUGAAGCACCUGUGGGACUACACGUUUGGCCCAGAAAAGCUCAACAUCGACUCGCGCAACUGCAAGAUCCUCCUCACGGAGCCACCCAUGAACCCCACCAAGAACCGCGAGAAGAUCAUCGAGGUGAUGUUUGAGACAUACCAGUUCUCUGGGGUCUAUAUUGCUAUUCAGGCUGUGCUCACAUUGUAUGCACAAGGCCUCUUGACUGGAGUGGUGGUGGAUUCAGGUGAUGGCGUCACCCAUAUUUGUCCUGUAUAUGAGGGCUUCUCUCUCCCUCAUCUGACGCGCAGGCUGGACAUUGCAGGAAGGGACAUCACUCGAUAUCUUAUAAAGCUGUUGCUGCUACGAGGCUAUGCCUUCAACCACUCGGCGGACUUCGAGACCGUGCGCAUGAUGAAGGAGAAGCUGUGCUACGUGGGCUACAACAUCGAGCAGGAGCAGAAGCUCGCGCUGGAGACCACUGUGCUGGUGGAGUCCUACACGCUCCCUGAUGGUAGAGUGAUCAAAGUGGGAGGAGAGCGGUUCGAGGCGCCGGAGGCUCUGUUCCAGCCCCACCUGAUUAACGUGGAGGGGGUGGGAGUGGCUGAGCUGCUCUUUAACACCAUUCAGGCCGCGGACAUCGACACCAGGGCUGAGUUCUAUAAACACAUUGUCCUCUCUGGAGGUUCCACCAUGUAUCCUGGCCUGCCCUCUCGGUUGGAGAGAGAACUGAAGCAGCUCUAUCUAGAGCGGGUGCUUAAAGGCGAUGUCGACAAGCUCUCGAAAUUCAAGAUCCGCAUCGAGGACCCUCCGCGGCGCAAACACAUGGUGUUCCUAGGCGGGGCCGUACUCGCUGACAUCAUGAAAGACAAAGACAACUUCUGGCUGACGAGGGAGGAGUAUCAGGAGAAGGGUGUCCGGGUGCUCGAGAAGCUGGGCGUUACAGUCCGAUAAGCUCCGUUACAGCCUCCGGAACCCUCUGCAUCCUCACCACUAUGUCGUACGAAGGACAUCCAGAGUCUCGGUCCAUCUCUGUAAUCAUUAUCCCUCCUCACGUCCUGCAUUCUGCUUCUCGUGCCACUGAGUCAGGUGAUCAAUUUCAGAAGGAGAUAGGUAGAGGAGUGGAAGGGGGGGGGGGGUUUAUUGGGAGUUUUCUGAUAAUGGAACGUUGCUGCCAGAGAUGUCACCAGCAGUCAUUUCAGAUUGUCAGUCAGGGUUUGCCUUCCUCAAAGGAAACAAAAAAGUUAGCACUGUUCCCCAUAGAAUAGUUAUUGGCAUGACAACUUGUAUGCAUUAUAAUAUAAACUGAGUUGCAAAUGUUUCUUAUGACAUCUCUGAAAGCAUCAUGAUGGCAGGCUAAUGGGGAACGACUCAAAUGCUUUACUUUGUGUAAUAUGCGUUAUAGCAAAGACAAAGUCAUCUGAAACUCAGCAACUAAAGCGACGGUUAUUUGUUUUCUCUGCUAUGUUUAUAUUGGUCUCUGGAUGAAGGGAUGCUGCUUACAUGAUGAGCAAUUCUCCAGUCCUUCAUUUCUCUCACUCUCCUGCUUCUCUCCUAGUCCAUGUGUCACGUGCUUGUCUUUAAGUUCUUGUGCUCAGGGUUCUUGUGUGUUUGGGCUAGUUGGUUUUGUAUUUUUCUAUAUUUUAUCUUAAAAUGGUAUUCUGGUCACUUUUUUUUUUCCCCCUGGACUUCAGCAUCAACUUAACGAUCCCUUUAAAAUGGAUAUUAGCCAGUCCUUUCCAACUUCAAUUUAUUCCAAAUAAACAGAAAAUAGGUGAGGGAUUUUAUCUUGCUUUUGUUUGUAAUAUUUUGUUUAAUCGUUUCACUUUUUGUUUGAGUUCCCCCAUUACUUUUCUCCUUUCCAUUGCAUUAUUAAAACUGUCUGACAUUGAAUACAGGCAUUUGUUAUGUAAAGGUCAUUCCCUUUUGUUUCAAGACAAAACAAUGAUAAUAAUAUAAAGGACUCUGUAACUGAGAUUAAUGUGGAAAUCCAGUGCAAAUAGAUUGGUAACAUGCA